AUGGAGUUAAGCUGUUACAUUUUUAAAGAUGCUAUUGAGUCUGUGGAACGCAAUGAAUUUUUUGAAAUGAUAUACACAGCAUGUGUGCAAGUAAAUAGUGGUGAAAUCCUUUCCAACCAGUUACAUUCAGUCCGAGAACCCAUUUGGGCCUGGAUGAGACAGCACUGUGCCUCUUUUACAGGUAUGUCAGAUAAUGCUGUAUUCAGUGACAUAUUCCAAAUCAAUACAUUUGGAGAAUUAACGUUUGGUUAAAAUCAUUAUUUCUUAUUCAGCAACAUACCAAUCAUUCCAUUUGUUCAGAGUGUAACCAGGAAAUCACCAAAUCCACCUGAUGUUUUUGUCUUGUAUAUUACCUUUCGCCAUAUAAAUCAGAAUGGUUUUGAAAGUUUUGUAUCAGAAGCUAUGCUGCCAAACAUCAAUAGACUUUUUUGUGUUUACUGCCAAAAUCAUUCUGGAAGUGUUGCUUCACUUCGACACUUUGUGUGCCUGCCAACCUUUUUAAUGAUAGAAUUGUCACCUGAUUGUAUAACUCAAAUGUUUUUUCCACGUGAUAUGGAAAGCUUAGGAGUUUCAUACUGCCUCAAAGGAAUUGUUAGGUGUUUAAAUAGACAUUUUACUGUUGCCUUAAUAAAAAGUGAGAGCGGCUGGAUCUAUAUUGAUGAUUUGUGUGCUUCUGUAAGGCGUUUCUUAUCCUUUCAAGAAGUAUUGUAUAGUUAUGCGAAUGGCUGGUUUUUUGCCAUAUUUCAAAAGUCUGAGUCUGUAGACAUCAAUUUACAUGAAUCUGCAAAUCAGACCUGUAAUAGCUUCACCAUAAACCCAGUUGUUUGCAAAUCAGUUUCAAAAGACUCUUGCAGUACGAAAGAAGUGAAGUUAGACCAAAAAGUCACAAGUUAUAAAAAGGAUAACAGAGUCAAAAGAAAUAACUAUAUGAAGUGUUACAGAAAACAGCCAGAAGUCAAGGCAAAAAAUAAUGCAUACAUGCAGAAGUAUAGAGGUAAAACUUAUUCUGAACUUGACUUAAACGAAAGGGGCAAAUUAGAAAUACGUAAAAGAAAUGAAAACCAAAGAAAUGAUUUAGUUAUUAAAUUUACAAUGAAGCGGAAAAGUCAAAGCAUUAAUUCCUCAAGUGAUACAUAUUAUGCAGAUGAAAACAUUAAACGACCUAAACAGGAAAUAAGAAAAAGGUCUUCACAAACAUCUAGUGAAGUGAAGGAAAAAAAAAAGUUGUACAUGCGGGCAUACAGGCUCAAAAAAAAAAUUCAGAUAGUAGUGUAAUGACUGAAGGAGUAACAAGUCUGAAAAAUGGAGUUUCUAGCCAGGAAAUGUAUUUAUCUGAGUUUAACAUAAGUAACUGUGGAGAGCUUCACCAACAAGAGUGGGCAAAACUGAACAUGCAAAAGUUUCAUGAUUCGAUGAAGUUAAGAAUUUCUUUAUGUCAAUGCUGUCAUGAAGCAUGGCCACUUCACAUUAAAACAAAAAAGAAAAAGGAACCAUAUAUUUGUACCAGGUGCUUAAGAGACAAGAAUGAUGCAAAAAAAUUUUCAUUUGAAAACAGCUUGCUACAGUAUGUUGCCCAGUAUCCGGACGGUACCAGUAUCCGGACACUUGAAACAAAAACUCAAUUUUUGAGGCGCCCUUUUCAGUUCUCGGUAAACGAAGUAUUUCGAAUUAAAGCUGAACAUUUCAGCUUUAAGAUGAAAGUUUUGGCGAUUUGAAAGCUUGCGAAACAGUCGCAGAAGACGGCGUUCUGUUCAGGUGAAUAAACUUUUCAUGGCUAAUAUUUACGCUGUUUACUGCGCAGUAAAGGUAGUGCUGCUCAGAAAAGGGAGGGUAGUGUGUGAUAUUUUCAAAGAAACUGUUUUAUUUUUAAAGUGAAGAUACUUAAGGAAGUCAGGUUUUCAGAAAGUUUAUUAAUUCCUCUUGAAAUUCGAUUUGUUUGGAAUAACGGAAGCCAGAAACAUUCACUAAGUUUUGAUGUCAUGUGCCCAGUAUCCGGACAGUUUUUUCUUUGCUGUACAGAAUCGAUGAAUUAGCUGUGUACAUUCUCCGGAUAAGAUUUAUUUCAUAUCAGUAACUAUAAUUAAAGCUUAGGAUAUAUGAUAUAGUCGUAAAAUGUAACUCUACUCAACUCCGUAUGGAAAUUUUCUUCACUCAUUCAGAGGCGACUUGAUUUCGUGUGCGCCGCUUGUUUCGCGUGACUGCAUUUUCUACAUAUAACUGAAAGCGUCCGAGUUGAACCUGGAAUUAUCAUACUUUCCCGAGUUGGGACUGCUAGAAUGGGGUUGCAAUGGUCUAAAAAAUGUCACAAAGGGAUUGACAGGUGUGAAAGAAGGAGGAAUUAGAGCUAGAAAAGAAGGCUUAUUGUGGGGACUGAGCAUGAAGAAAUCAACACUGCAGGUCAGAUUAAAUAGGAGAGUGACCUUUGACCGUCGGGUUGAGGUCCCUUCCCCAAGCUUUUCUUUAAAUAAAAAAUGAAGAAAGAAAGUCGUUUGCAGAUUGGCUAAUUGAGCUUGCAAACUGCGGCUUCGGCAUGUCCACGGAUGCCUUCCGUAAAUCAGUGAAAAAGUUCGUAGACAAAGAAGUGAGAAAUUAUACCAUUUUUAAAACAGCCGCUCGCGUUCCCCACCAUACCCCAGUCAUUUGUUAUGUUUUAUUUCACGAUGCUAGGUUAUAUUUUUGGAAUCGAUUGCCAGACUACUUUGCAAGUGCAAGAGAAGCUUAUAAGUCGCUUGCCUGUCGAAAUUUAUGUACAAUUACGUUGUUAUUGUUGUGUCCGGAUACUGGGCCAGCUGUCCGGAUACUGGGCAACAUAGGAGCUCUGCAAAAAUAUUAAUUUCGCGAUGGAAACAAAGGCAAAAAAGUUAAACUGUCUUUCUUCAUAUUAAGGACUAGAUAGAUUUUCUCUGGGCCAAAUUUCAGAGCUCUUGCGAUUAACAAAGGAAAGUUAUUGCAAUUUUAAACUGAAGUGUCCGGAUACUGGGCAACAUACUGUACCAUCUGCUGCGCCAGUACAAGUUGAAAAUCUGACACAAAUAGAAGAAAUGCUGAUAGCCAGAGUGUUCCCCGUUAUGAGUGUUAAUACUAAUCCAUGAUGGCAGAGAGCAUAUAGAGGCCAUUGCAUCAAUUUUCCCCAAGACGUUCAACAGCUUUUUUAUACUUUGCCUAGGCAACCAAAAGAAUUACCAGUUAUUAUAGUUACAGUUGAUGGUAAAAAUGAUAUGUCAAAAGAUCUAAUUGUGCGUCGAGAAAAAGUAUCAUAUGCCUUACACUGGCUGGUGAGUCACAAUUCUGUUUACAGAGACGUACAGAUUGAUUAUGAAUGUUUAGCUCAACUUCCUUUAGAAGGCAUUCCAGCCCGAUCUCUCAAAAGUAAGGUGCGAAAAAGGAAGCGGAAGCGAAGAAUUAGAUCCAGACAGAGGUCCACUUGAUAUUGAUGACUUGCCAAACAACGAAGACACAGAGCUGCGUAGUAUGUUGUUAAAUCCUGUGAAAUCCAAGCAACAGAAAGAAAUCAUAAAAGAUGAAAUAUUGCAGCACAAUAAGAUUAGAUGGCCUGAAAGGGGCCAAAUACCUGUUAGUGAAUUUAAAGUUGAAUUCUUAGCAACAAUGGCUUUCCCAACCCUCUUUCCUGAUAGCAAAGGAAAUCCCACUAACUUGGGAAUUAAACGUGAUGUUACUUUUGGUGAAAAAAUUAAGCACCUUAUAAAAUUUGGUGAAAAGAACGAUGAGAAAUGGCAUUAUAGGUUUGCAGAACACUAGGCAUUCAACAUGCUUCAGAGACAUAGAAUGCUUAGCCAAGGAAGUAUAUUUCGCAAUCAAAAUCCAGGAGAAUCUCACAUGUCUGUAGAAGAAUUGAAGGAAAUGCUUCAUUGAAAGAGUUAUUCAGGAGUCAUGUCUAAGUUGAUGCAUUAUGCAAAAAAUUUUACAGGGAGUGAUGCUUACUGGUAUAAAGCAAAGGAUGACUUGAAGGCAAUAAUCUCACAAGUUGGACCACCAACAGUAUUCUUUACUCUGUCAUGCGCAGAGUAUCACCGGCCAGAGUUUCAUCAUCUUUUUGAAAAUAAGACUAUUGAGGAACUAUCACCCACUGAAAGGCAAUCUAAUGUUCUCCAAAAUCCUCACAUUUUGGAUUGGCUUUUCACUGAAAGAACUGAUCGUUUUGUAAAAUAUUGGUUAUAUGAUUCAUUAGGUGCUUCCUAGCAUUGGUACCGAUAUGAAUAUGCUGUACAACGUGGAUCCAUUCAUUGCCACGGUGUUGCAAAGUUAAAGAAUGAUCCCGGAUUAUGCGUAUUGACUGAGCUUGCUAUGAAAGGCUUUCUAGCUGCAAAACUGAAAAAUGAAAAGAAUGAAACUCUCUCUAAGCAGGAGGUUGAAAACAUCGAUUGCCUUAUAAUGAAAGGCAAAGAUGCUGAGCAGUUAGUUUGUCAGUAUGUAGAUUUUCUCUUAUCCACGUGGAAUCCGUGCUCGCCUGAUGAAGGCUGGUCCAAAUCGAACUGUCAUCCAUGCCAAACUUCAUAUCUCUCUUUACAAAGUAAUGAUCUGGAAAGAGACUAUGUGGAUUUACUGAAUUCAGUUCAAAGACAUACUACUUGCAGUUCAAAAUAUUGCCUAAGACAAAAUGACUUACUCUAUACCUCUUUGUUAUUCCAUUGAUGUUGUCAUUUUAAUUAAUAUCAUUAUUUUCAGGUUUCCCCUUGUAUAAAAAUGUUAUAACUUUCUGAGGUGAUUCUCACUGUGGUGCUUAUUUUAUGUGUAACUGAAAGAUGGGCUUAUUUGUCCUGAGUUGCUAACACGUUAUUGUUACUUUAAAAAAUUACGGUUCAUGAUGUCAGCAAGAAAGCAGUGUAGGGGUAAGUUGCAAAAUUUUAUUCAAGUUGAUGUUCCCUAUGAAAGAGCUCAUAUGUUUGAUAUGAUGGGAAAGUGGGGGCAAAGAUGGAAAACGUUUUUUAGCUCAAGACACUUGACAAAUGUUCAAGCAAACUACGCUAAGAUAGCAUAGCAUGUGUUAUCGUGUUAACUAUAAUCAUGAUAAUAGGGUUAUUCUUGCUGUCACUGUAAGCGCAUUGAUGAUCAUGCAUCCUGAAUUUGUUUGCUUUUCUUUCGUUUAGUAAACAAGUAUGGGUACAUCCUAAAAAUAGUCCCCGUCAAAACCGCUGCAAGGUCCAGACAUGAUUGGUUUGACUUUCACCUGCAAGUUUCACCGACUAAAGUGCAAAGAGUAGUUGGAUUUGACAAAACAAAACAUCCCAAGAUCAAGCACUUCCAAGAAACCAAGUCUCCCGUCUUGUUAAAGAACCUUCUUAUACCAGAUGAUGAAGACAACGAAUGGCUUUUCAACCAGCAAUCCUACGUUUCGCAGUGUGUAAAUGCUGAUGUACCAUUCUCCUAUGUACCAAAUUUUGUCAAGUCAGAACGUUCCGAAUCAACACCACAGGAAGCGUCUGAUGUCUCUUUACGAGAACUGAAAGAAAUGGCGCCCAAUCAGAAAGUCAACGUCCAUGCAACUCUGUCAAUGGGAGCCCAGGAGCCAAACAAGAUAGAAACCAAAUCCAGUCAAGCUUUGUCUGUCGAAGAAGACUGCAUAUUGGAGGACGAAACGGGCACAAUGGAACUCCACAUAUGGGAACCGUUAUUUACACAACUGAAAAGCAACAAGGCCUAUUACUUUCAAAACCUCACACUACGGUAUUAUCAAGGAUCAAAAUUCCUUAACACCAACAGGAAUACAACUUACAGUGAGGAAACCACAACUCUCAAAAAAUUAGUGGGCCCAGAAAUCCAGAAAGAGAAAUGA